AUGAGAGUGGCCGUGGUGGGCGCGGGGGUCAGCGGGCUGGCAGCCACCAAGUGCUGCCUGGACGAGGGGCUGGAGCCCACCUGCUUCGAGCAGAGCCAGGACAUCGGAGGGGUCUGGCGCUACACGGAGCACAUCGAGGCCGGCCGGCCCAGCCUGUACCCAUCAGUGAUCAGCAACACCUCCAAGGAGAUGUCUGCCUUCUCUGACUUCCCCUUCCCCGAGCACUUCCCCGUGUUCCUGCCCAAUGCCCUGCUCCUGGACUACCUCCGGCGCUACACCGAGCACUUCGGCCUGCGGGAGCACAUCAGAUUUGGGAGCACCGUUGUCAGCAUCCGGAAGCACCCUGACUUUGCCACCACGGGCCAGUGGAAUGUGGUCACGGAGGCAGGGGGGAAGCAGACAUCACACAUCUUUGAUGCUGUUAUGGUUUGCAGCGGCAAUUUCUCGGAGCCAUCCCUCCCCCUGCAGUGUUUUCCUGGCAUCGAGAGGUUCCGAGGGCAGUACUUCCACAGCAGGCAGUACAAGCAUCCUGACGUGUUCCAGGGCAAGCGUGUCCUCGUGGUGGGCAUGGGCAACUCGGGAGUGGACAUCGCCGUGGAGGCCAGCUGGGUCGCUGCAAAGGUGAUGAUUAGCACCACUCGAGGAGCCUGGCUGCUCAGCCGUGUGUUUCAGCACGGCUACCCUUGGGAUAUGAUUUUAAACACUCGCCUGAUGAGCCUGAUCAAAACCAACCUCCCCGGACCCCUUUCAUGGUGGUUGCUUAAUUAUAAGGUGAACCAGUGGUUCAACCAUGCAAACUAUGGCCUUCAGCCAGAGAACAGCUGGCUGGUGCGGGAGCCCGUGCUGAACGACGAUCUGCCGAGCUACAUCCUGACAGGCAGGAUCACCAUCAAGCCAGGUGUGAAGGAGUUCAAGGACAACUCAGUGGUUUUCCACAACUGCCCUGAGGAGGAGCCCAUCGACAUCGUUGUCUUCUGCACGGGCUACACCGUCUCCUUCCCCUUCCUGGAAGAAUCCAUCAUCAGGGUGGAGAACAAGCACGCGUCCCUCUACAAAUACGUGUUCCCACCCCAGCUGCAGAAGCCCACCCUGGCUGUCCUUGGGCUGAUUAAGCCCUUGGGAGCCAUCAUGCCCGUGGCAGAGAUGCAGGCACGCUGGGUGAGCCGUGUCUUCAAAGGCUUGUGUCAGUUGCCUCCCCAGGCUGUCAUGGAGAAAGAAGUAAAUGAGAAGAAGAAAAACCAAAUCCAAUGGUUUGGCCUGACCUUUGACGAAGUGCUCAAAACCGAGUGGCUGGUCUACCUGGACACCCUGGCCUCCUUCAUUGGUGCCAAGCCCAGCGUGCUGGGGCUGCUCUGCACAGACCCAAGGCUGGCUCUCACCAUCUUCUUUGGGCCCUGCUCCCCCUACCAGUACAGGCUGGAGGGUCCUGGGCGCUGGCAGGGGGCACGGCACGCCAUCCUCACCCAGUGGGACCGCGUCCUGAAGCCCACCAGAACACGAGUCCCUGCUGGCUCCUCCAGCUCCUUCCUGUCCCUCCUGACUGUGGUGGGAUUCCUUCUGCUCCUGGCUGCUGUGAUUUUUGGUUUCUUAUAG